GCCUUAAACGAUUCUUAGGUGGGCAAUUAACAAUAGUAAACUUUAUGUCAGUUCGAUCUGUCAAGUUAACGGGAGAGAAUGCAUCGGUCUUUCCGUCGAUAUUAUAGUGCAAACGUAAUGUGUUUGUAAUUAAGAAAAAAAAAAAAAAAACACUAAUCAUGCGUGUUAAAGAAGUAUGAUACUUACAAGCUAACUACUUACUUAGAAGUCAUAUUUGCGUGUCUCUUUAAGUAAGCAUUAACCAUAUUUCGCAUUUUCAAAUCGUCUUUCAUUAUGAAUACAUACAAUAAAAGCGGACCAGGCGCGUCGGGAAACAGUUUCGACCGUUGGAUACAGAGGACCAAUAUCCACGACGACUCUGCCAUCACAAAAAUGCAGCAUCAGUUUUGGGUGACGAAACAGGCUUUGUCGCGAAAGCUGGGGAAAAAGGAGGAUGAGUGCAUAGUCGCGUCCGACGCAGAACUGGACGCCAAGUUAGAAUUGUUUCACAGUAUUCAGAAAUCAUGCUUGAAUUUGCAAAGAAUUAUCGACAGAUACCAGGAACGAUUGUGCUAUCUCGCGCAAGAAGAGAAUGCAAUGGGACGGUUCCUCAAAGAUGCUGGCAAACAGGACAAAACUAGAGCUGGAAAAAUGAUGAUAACGGUUGGAAAAUCGUUAUCAUAUUCCGGCCAGCAAAGGCUUGCACUGAGCACUCCAUUAGAGCGACUGUACCAGGAAGUGGAAACAUUUAGACAAAGAGCUAUCGAAGAUACGCUGCAAAAAGUUCAGGCAAUGGAGAAAGCUCGUACGGAGUACAGAGCCGCUUUAUCAUGGAUGAAAAACGUCUCUCAAGAAUUAGAUCCUGACACGUCGAAACAAUUAGAAAGAUUUCGCAAGGUUCAAACAUGCGUAAGACAAGGUAAAAUAGCAUUUGAUAAUCUGGCUUUAGAUUGCCUUCAAAAGGUAGAUCUGUUAGCAGCAGCAAGGUGUAAUAUGUUUAGUCACGCUUUAGUUUUAUAUCAGAGUACUCUUCUCAGUUUCACCGAAAAGUCUGCACAAGCAUAUUCCACAAUAGCGAACAGUUUUAAAGGCUACCAACGGUACAAUUUUAUGGUAGUGAGAGAAUUAGCUGAACCGUCAAGUAAAUUAGCUCAAGAAACUGGAGGUGACAAUGAUUUUGAUGAAAAAGAGAAAUUGUCAUUUUUUGACAUGGAUUAUCAUGACACUGUUGAAAAAGCUGAAGAAGUAAAAUCCCAAGAAAAUACAGUUGAAAACAACAAAGAAAGUGAAAAAUUAUUGGAUAUUGAGUAUGAGACAAUAGAUAUGUUAGGAUUAGAAGGAUUAGAUAUAAAUUCCAGUUCUCCGAACGAUGAAAUUACAUCACAAUCAACCUCUAACGUCGAACAUAAGAAAGAUUUCGAUGAACUUUUCGAAAAUUUAAUUCUAGAUAAUAAUGCCACUCAUAACGAUAUACAAGAAGGAAAUCAAUUAGAAUUUGAUAAAAAGUUUGAUGAGCAAAGUUUAAUAAUGGGUAUAUUUGACAAAUCUGAUACAAAUUUUAAUUUGGCUAAAUUCUCUUCCUUAGAAGAACAAAAUUCAAGAGAACAAUCUUUACAGUCUCUCACAUCCGAAAAUAUGGUACUUUUGAAUGAUAUUCUCACUGAUAAACAGAACAGUGAUAGUGAGUGGGAAUCGAUAACGCAUAAUACAUUUUUACCACCAAAUAUAUUAAAACAAAGUUUAGGUGAUGCAACGCUUGGUGUUGGACAGAAGAGUAUGCCUACUACCAGCACAGGCGACAAAGUAAAAAAAAAAUAAGACUGGAAAACUAAAAGGUAAUUCCUGGUUGGAUUUAUUUGCUGAACUGGAUCCUUUGGCCAACAAUCCAAUGGAAAAUCUUUCCAGUGACAGUAACGCAUCUGCUUAAUUUUUUUCGAUAUUCAAAUUUAUCGAUAUUGACACAUGAUUAGUUGCAAUUUAGCAACAAUCACACGAGAUAUUUUAUUUUUUUCAAAUGUUUCUUACGUUUGCAUUUGCAUAUCUUAUAUUUCAAUUUCAACAUUCCAAAUUCGUUAGAUCUAACAAAAAUAGCAAAAUAAUAGUAAGAAUCAAAAAUACUUAAAUUUUCGUAAGUAACUUUUCAAGCUCUAUACCAAAGAUUUAAAAUCAGUGAUAGCUAAAAAUACUAGUCACAUACUUUCAAGUACAUUAAAAAUAUUUUUUUCGUAAUAGUAUUAUCAAUUUUCCUAUUACUAUUUAUAACAAAAUAUGUUUAAAGCAUAUCAUAUGAAUACUUUUGUUAUCAUUCCACAUUGUGCAAUCGAGUUUUUUUAAGAAAUUAUUAAUCAAUAUUUAAAAAAUGUAUGAUACAAUUAUUACAUCGUUUUCUUUUUUAAUAUAAUGAAAUAUCGCAUAUUGCUUUCUUUUUUAAAUAAAAUAAAUACAAUGUAAACAGAUUACAUUAUCAGGAAUAUUGUUUUUGUAUAUUUCCUAUAUAAAUAUAAAAUGUUUAUGUAUUAACAAAAUACAGAAUCACAGCAUUGACACCAAAA